AGUACAUAUGCUCUGUACGGGGUGGAUAACAUAUUUGGCGCUUCGUUUUGUAUCCGUGGUAAUCACUCAAAGACUAAUUUACGAGUUGCCAUUGGGCCAAGCAGGAAUAUUGUAUCAGGGCAAUCGUAGGAGUUCAGGGUUUUUGCCAACAACUACAAAAAGAAAUUUGAUCUCCCGUCAGAUAUGAAUGCAAGGUUGUUUUUGUUGCUCGUGAUAACCUUCUGUCUGUGCCUGUCGUCCAUGGCCAAGCCAGAGUCAUGUGAAAAAAAGGCAAUGCGUAAAUGCAAUGCGAUUGUGAAGAGGGGUUUGCAGCAUAAAAAGGGACUUUGCUCCUCGAUGAAGCAAUUGCUGAACUGUGUAAACAAAAUCAAAAUGAGUUCUGCAGGCUGCAACACUGAUGCGCUCAAGGACUACCGCUUUGUCGUUCUGGCUUACGUCAGAAUGGAUGACUUGAUGGGAAUAUGCUCACUUGAGAGCCGUGAGAGCCAGUACUUACAGACCCUGAGAGAAAGUGUUCUUGGGGACUCAAGCAAAUGGACAGCGGACAUCCUUAAGAGUCAGGUGUUCAGCACGCUUGCUUUGCCCCCGUCACUCUCAGACAAACCACUCGUGAGCCUCGCUGCCAAAGAUGCCCAUAAGGAAUGCAUGGGAAAGUUCACCAGCGAUCAGAGCCAGCCAUCCGAUGACAUCUGCUCGGGGCUCCGGGGAUUUAUUGAUUGCUACAAGCAAAAGCAAGGCAUACAUGAGCUGACCGAUGCAUUCUAUGACGUCAUCAGUCGUAUGAGCGCGUCCCUGGUCAAGUUUUUUGGGAAUGCAAAUAUGUGUAACGUUGUUGAUGAAUGAAUGCGGUUUGUUGAAUUCUUCUUAUACACUCUGCAAAAGCAGCGAUAGGAUGGUCUGUAGAGGUGAUGGUAGCAAAUUAAGUUCAUAGUAAUGUGAUUGAUGCUAUUAGUAGUAAUUUAUUGAUUACAAUGUAAAAUGGAAACAAUUGUCAAUAUAAAAUUUUUUAAAGGCU